CCCCAGCGCCCUCCUGCUCUCCCGGCUGAGGUCCCCUCGUCCGCGCCGCCCCGCCGCCGGCUCCGCUGCAGCCCCUGGCGACCAUGGCGCACCGGGGGCCCUCGCGCGCCCCGAAGGGCGCCGGCCCCACCGCUCGAGCCCCGCGCCCCGGGGCUCCGCCGCCGCCGCGCUCGCCGCGCUCGCGGCCGCUCCUGCUGCUGCUGCUGCUGCUGGGCGUCUGCGGGGCGGCGGGGCGCUCCCCCGAGCCCGGGCGCCUGGGUCCUUACGCCCAACUGAGCCGGGUGCCGCGGAGCCCUCCCGCGGGGCGCGCGGAGCCCGGUGGCGGCGAAGCACGGCAGGCGCGCGGCACGGAGCCAGGCGCCCCGGGUCCGAGUCCCGGUCCAGCUCCGGGUCCCGGCGAGGACGGCGCCCCCGCCGUGGGCUACCGGCGCUGGGAGCGGGCGGCGCCGCUGGCCGGAGUGGCUUCGCGGGCGCAAGUCUCGCUCAUCAGCACGUCGUUCGUGCUCAAGGGGGACGCGACACACAACCAGGCGAUGGUGCACUGGACAGGCGAGAACAGCAGCGUGAUCUUGAUCCUGACGAAGUACUACCACGCAGACAUGGGGAAGGUUCUGGAAAGUUCUCUGUGGCGGUCAUCAGAUUUCGGGACGUCCUACACCAAGCUCACCCUCCAGCCUGGCGUCACCACCGUCAUCGACAAUUUCUACAUCUGCCCGACCAACAAGAGGAAGGUCAUCCUUGUCAGCUCCUCACUCAGUGACCGGGACCAGAGCCUAUUCCUCAGCGCGGACGAAGGCGCCACCUUUCAGAAGCAGCCCAUUCCCUUCUUCGUGGAAACUCUGAUUUUCCACCCUAAGGAGGAGGACAAGGUCCUCGCCUACACAAAGGAGAGCAAGCUCUACGUGUCAUCUGACUUGGGGAAGAAGUGGACACUUCUGCAAGAGCGAGUGACCAAAGACCACGUGUUCUGGUCUGUGUCUGGGGUGGACGCUGACCCUGACUUGGUCCACGUGGAAGCCCAGGACCUCAGUGGAGACUUUCGGUACGUCACCUGCCCGAUCCACAAUUGCUCCGAGAAGAUGCUGACGGCCCCGUUCACAGGCCCCAUUGACCACGGGUCUCUGACUGUGCAGGACGAUUACAUCUUCUUUAAGGCAACAUCAGCAAACCGGACAAAAUACUAUGUCUCUUAUCGUCGCAAUGAAUUUGUCCUGAUGAAGCUGCCGAAGUAUGCAUUGCCAAAGGAUCUGCAGAUCAUCAGCACGGACGAGAGUCAGGUGUUCGUGGCGGUGCAGGAGUGGUACCAGAUGGACACCUACAACCUGUACCAGUCGGACCCGCGGGGCGUGCGCUACGCGCUGGUGCUGCAGGACGUGCGCAGCUCGCGGCAGGCGGAGGAGAGCGUGCUCAUCGACAUCCUGGAGGUCAGAGGGGUGAAAGGAGUCUUCCUGGCAAACCAAAAAAUUGAUGGGAAAGUGAUGACGCUUAUAACCUACAACAAGGGCCGCGACUGGGAUUACCUGAGGCCACCCAGCAUGGACAUGAAUGGAAGACCAACCAACUGCAAGCCUCCAGACUGCCACCUGCACCUGCACCUGCGCUGGGCAGACAACCCCUAUGUAUCAGGCACUGUGCACACCAAGGACACCGCCCCAGGCCUCAUCAUGGGUGCAGGUAACCUGGGCUCACAGCUGGUGGAAUAUAAAGAAGAAAUGUACAUCACAUCAGACUGCGGUCACACCUGGCGGCAGGUGUUUGAGGAAGAGCAUCACAUCCUGUACCUGGACCACGGCGGCGUGAUCGUGGCCAUCAAAGACACCUCCAUCCCCUUGAAGAUCCUCAAGUUCAGUGUGGAUGAGGGCCUCACCUGGAGCACACACAACUUCACCAGCACCUCGGUGUUCGUGGACGGGCUGCUGAGCGAGCCGGGGGACGAGACGCUGGUCAUGACGGUCUUUGGCCACAUCAGCUUCCGCUCCGACUGGGAGCUGGUCAAGGUGGACUUCCGGCCCUCAUUCUCCAGGCAGUGUGGCGAGGAGGACUACAGCUCCUGGGACCUUUCCAACCUGCAGGGCGACCGCUGUAUCAUGGGCCAGCAGAGAAGUUUCCGGAAGAGAAAGUCUACGUCCUGGUGCAUCAAGGGGAGGAGCUUCACGUCGGCGCUCACGUCCCGCGUGUGCGAGUGCCGGGACUCGGACUUCCUGUGCGACUACGGAUUUGAGCGCUCCCCCUCCUCAGAGUCCAACACCAACAAGUGCUCUGCCAACUUCUGGUUUAACCCAUUGUCCCCACCUGACGACUGUGCCCUGGGCCAGACCUACACCAGCAGCCUUGGGUACCGGAAAGUGGUGUCCAACGUGUGUGAGGGUGGGGUGGACCUGCAGCAGAGUCAGGUGCAGCUGCAGUGCCCCCUCACGCCGCCCCGAGGCCUGCAGAUCAGCAUCCAAGGUGAGGCGGUGGCCGUGCGGCCUGGAGAGGACGUCCUGUUUGUGGUGCGGCAGGAGCAGGGCGAUGUCCUGACCACCAAGUACCAGGUGGACCUUGGGGAUGGCUUCAAGGCCAUGUACGUGAACCUUACACUGACCGGGGAGCCCAUCCGGCACCGCUACGAGAGCCCCAGCAUCUACCGCGUGUCCGUCAGGGCAGAGAACAUGGCAGGCCACGAUGAGGCGGUGCUCUUUGUCCAGGUCAACUCCCCCCUGCAGGCCCUUUACCUGGAGGUGGUUCCUGUCAUUGGCAUCAACCAGGAGGUGAACCUCACAGCUGUGCUGCUUCCCUUGAACCCCAACCUCACUGUCUUCUACUGGUGGAUCGGCCAUAGCCUGCAGCCCCUCCUUUCCCUGGAUAAUUCUGUGACAACGCGGUUUUCGGACACGGGCGACGUGCGUGUGACGGUGCAGGCCGCCUGUGGGAACUCGGUGCUGCAGGACUCCAGGGUCCUCCGUGUGCUGGAUCAAUUUCAGGUCGUGCCUCUGCAGUUUUCCAAGGAGCUGGAUGCCUACAACCCCAACACGCCUGAGUGGAGGGAAGACGUGGGCCUGGUGGUCACCCAGCUGCUCUCCAAGGAGACCAGCGUCCCUCAGGAGCUGCUGGUGACCGUGGUGAAGCCGGGGCUGCCCACUUUGGCCGACCUGUACGUGCUCCUGCCCCCACCCAGGCCCACGAGGAAGAGGAGCCUCUCGAGUGAUAAGAGACUCGCCGCCAUCCAGCAGGUACUGAACGCACAGAAGAUCAGCUUCCUCCUGCGAGGCGGAGUCCGGGUCCUGGUGGCCCUGCGGGACACGGGCACAGGUGCGGAGCAGCUGGGCGGCGGCGGCGGCUACUGGGCGGUAGUGGUGCUGUUUGUCAUCGGGCUCUUCGCGGCGGGAGCCUUCAUCCUCUACAAGUUCAAAAGGAAACGGCCGGGCAGGACCGUGUACGCCCAAAUGCACAACGAGAAGGAGCAGGAGAUGACCAGCCCCGUGAGUCACAGUGAGGACGUCCAGGGCGCUGUCCAGGGUGAGGAGUUUAUAGAUGAUGAUCUCGACUCGCAGACUCUAGGCAACCACUCAGGCGUGGUCUUGAGCAUCAACUCCCGAGAGAUGCACAGCUACCUGGUGAGCUGAUGCCGCCCCAGCAUCUGUCGUUUCACCCACGGAGGGCACAGAACCACCAGCGAAGCCGGCCGCUGGACUGGCGCCCCUCGGAGACCUGCGGAAAGCCCCCUCCCCAAGUCGUCCCCACACCAGGCGACAAACACCAACCCCUCUGAUAAAUCCAAGCCCGCCCAGGCCCACGGGGGCCCACGGGACCCCUGGACAUGGCCCUGCCCCUAUGGGACACCAGGCCUGACUCGGACGGGUUCUGCCCCCAGACCCCACACAAGGCCACCCCACAUGCUGUCGCUCAGCCAGAGGCCUGACUUCUCCCGGCUGAGGCUGGUCGUCCUGGAGCCCGCCCAGUACCUCGGGCUGCAAGAGCUGCAGACCCGUUCAGACACUGCGUUGCGGGCUCCUUCCCCGCAGAGGCCGGGGCCUCCCUGACUUUGCUUCUUCACUCCCACCUGUGCGGCCGCCCAGUCCCUCUGUGGGAGCCCGGGAGCCAGGCCCUCCCAACACCACACCACCCUCCAGGCCCCCCUGCCCUCCGGCUGGAAACUGCAGCUCUGUAAAUGCCUCUCUAGGCAGCUGUUGGCGGUGGGGGGCGGGGGGGGGCAUCUCACUCUCUGUCUUUAUAGCCGGCAGUAGCCACUGGGGUGGCUCUGUCAGAGCCCCGUACUAGGGAGCCCCUUUCCCUGAGUGCCCAGGGUGCCUCCUCUGCCCAGAGGGGCAGCUCUCCCUGGUUCUCCCCAGGGCAGACGGGGUGGGGCAGGCUCAGGACCCAGUGCCCAUGGUUCCUCACUCCUGCCAGCAAGCAGCACCAUCCUGCAGGCUUCUCCCACCUGAUGGCUCUUCUCCCACCGGGUCUGGGCUCUGGAAGGAGCCAGAAGCCCCCAGAAAGGUGGGUGGUGGAGACAGCUCCGGACGUACCAGUUUUCUGCAGUUCCUUAUAGGCGAAGGGACCCGGAUGGAAACCAAUCUGGGAGAGGCUGAGGAUGGCAGGGCUAGAAGGGCCAUCAGGGUGCCCCUCAUUUUCAAGAAGGGGAAACUGAGGCCCAGGGAGGAGAGUGACUGAAGGUCACAGCAAGGUCACAGCAGAGGUGGCCCUGAACCCAGCCCUCUGUGCCCCAGUGCUGUGCGGUCUCCACACCCCCACAGGUUCCUAGAAUCAGGGAUGUUAGUGUGUUAGUGUAAGUCUAUAAGAAUAUAGGGGGGUGGGGGGUCACCUUUUGCCUUGAAAUGGGAACUCAGUAGCCCCUUCCUCCUCCUCGCUCCUUCCCCUCCUCUCUGGCAGGGAUCUCAGGUGACCGUGGCCUCCCUCUCAGAGGGGGAGAACGUCAGAGCCCUGGCUGGUGACGUGCUGGCUGGGGGUGAAUCCCAAUGAGGGUCCCUCUCAGAGCGGGAGAAUGCCACAGCCCUGGCUGGUGGCGCGCUGGCUGGGGGUGAAUCUGAAUGACAGUGCAGACGUUCUCCCAUGCGCCAUGUCUGAGCUUGGGGGCGUUGCCUCAUUUUCCCUAGAAAAGCAACAUGGUCCAUUAGAGGGGAAAGCCCAGGGGUGAAUCUUCACACCCCAAACAGUGCCCGGUGGGGAGGAGGCGCCCGCUCCUUGUUGAGUAAACCACCCGUGGAGACUGGAGCCUCGUAUCCCUGGGUCGGGGGGCGUCCAAGGCCACAGGACAAGGGGAGCACCCUGGGCCACACAGGCGUGGAGGUGUCGCCACCCCUGCCACCUGCCCCCCAGACCCAAAGCUCUCUCCCCACCCUGCCUGCCCACCUGGGGCUCCUGUGUGCCCCCUCCCCGCUCCAGAGGCCACCCUGCAAGUUGUCCUCAAGGUCCUCCUUGAGAUGGGAUCCAGGACGUGGGGCCAUGACUCUCUGGGACCUUGCCACAGCCCCCACUCCCCUGGUUGCAGUCUGCAAGGACGCCUUUGCAGGGACUUUUAUCCUGCUGGCCACCCCACCCACACCUGUCCCUGGCCAGCAGGCCGCCUGCAAGCGUCAGGCACACAGGGACAGACAUGGCGAGCACAGUGCAGCCCCGGGGCCCACAGGCAACAUGGAACCCUGGGAACUGCCCUCCCCCUUAGCUCACAGUGCCUGCGGUAGCCACUCUAGGUCGUUGGCCUUCCUUGCCCACUCCAUUUAAUUCUCUCAGCUGUCUGGGGAGGGUUUUUCUCCUUAGUUAUUUGUGGGUUUCCUGUAUUUUAUGUUAAUAUUUCUAUUAAGAAGAUUUUGGGCAUGUGGACCCAAGCACCUGGGAAGGAGGUGGCAUCUGAGACAGCCUGAUACGUUCCCGUCUGUGCACCCAUGGAGAUCGAGGCGGGGGCCCGUGGCUGUCCCUGGUUGUAAAUUCGAAGGUCUGCAUAUCUGACGUUCGGGUAGACCUGGGCACCUGGGAACGAGGCCAUCAGCUGCCAUGCACAUGACAAAGAGACAAUGCAUUCCUUCUUAUUUUUCCUUUUUAAAAAUCGAUGAAUCAUUUGUGAUGCUUUUAACAAAGAUUAAAUGAAUUUGAUCAGC